AUGGACCGCCACCUGACCUCUCAGGAAUUGGAGCAGCUCCUCAAGGUCUUUGGCUUGACCGGCUUGACCUUCAUCAUUGAAAAAGUGCGGAGCAAAGGCUGCCCUGGGAGAACGCUGCCUCUGGCUAUGGUUCUCUUCCACCGAGAAGGAUGCCGCUGGUGUCUUUCCGUAUGCCAGAAAGUUGAUUCCGCCUACAAAUGGGGCAUGAUCAAGACAGAGGACUACCGCCAUGCCCGCACUGAUGUGGUGACUGUGCACCACGCCGACGGCACCUUCUCCAUCUCCGUCAACCAGAAUGCCUACAUUGAUGGCCAGGGUGAUCUUCAAAUUGACCCUGAACGUCUUCGAGCAACGAUGCAGCUCCAACGGUGGUGGACACCUCCGACAAAGUGGCCGAGAGAUUUGGUUGGCCGAGCUGAGCAGCAAGCUCGACUGGUGAGAGGAAUCCUCUGCACGGAUUCCCGUGUUGGCUUUGACGCGGUUGAGCGCAAUGACAGCCCCUUGUUAGGUUUGAGCAACCUUAGGGCAGCGCUCCAAGCCUUUCAGCUUCGAGACAGUCUCCAAACCGUCGGCUCGGAACUUCGGCUGGCGUCGGACUACGACUUGCCUCACGCCUUGACAAAGAAGAAGGCCGACUGUCGUGACGGCCUGGAGACCUUCAUGAAGACUGGAAAGUGGUGCAUCCGCUUUGACCCAGCGUUCAACUCCUACCACCGCAAUAAGAAGAGCGGACACACCGCCAUCAAGGAGGUGACUGGACACAAGGUCAAGAAUGCCACCACCCGUCGCAAGACGAAUGCCCUGACCGACCUGGCUCAUGACCAACCACCAGUACAUGACUUGAGCACGGGCAAUGAGAGUUGGCUUGGGCCGCAGUUCUCGCGUCACCAGGCAUCAUCAGAAUUUUUUUGGCGUUGA